AUGUAUCGAGAUUCUUGUUUCCAAAGCCAUCAUAUGCUCCAACCCCACCAUUCGCUGUAUUUGGACUGGAAUCAAGACAUUUUCAUGUCGCCAGACCACACUGCCCCAAACGGCCUGCGUUCGGAAAACACAUCGGUCCCUAUAAACCCGUUCUGGGACUAUUUCAACGAUGAUGACGACUGGGACCAAUUUCAUCCCUUGCAAGUAGAUUGCAGUGGCCAAUUGACAGCAAUGCCACCACUGGUUGAAAGUCCCACUGCAUUGGGCUCCAUUUUCGCGUCAAAAAGAACGGAACUGGGAUUGUGGCGUGACUUUGGACUAGAUGAACUCAGACCCCGGUGA